AUGCCAUUAUAUUUAUUUAUAAAUAUAUUCGAUUUACAUAAUCUAAAUGUAUUAUUACUUCAUUUUUUCUAAUAAUUAAAAAAUAAAAUAAAACAAAUAAUUAAAAAAUAACUUUUAUAUUUAUUCAAAAAUAAUAAAAUAUAUAAAAAUUCUUAUUAAAAAAUUAAAAGAAAUUAUUUAAUAUAUAAAAUUAAUAAAAAUAAUAAUAAUAAUAUGAGUUAAUUAUAAAAUGAUGAUUCUUAUUAAGAAAAUCAAACGAAUUGUAAUUAUUAAAUUAUAUAUAAUUUUAAAUUAGUAAAUUUAUACUAAAAAAAAAUUAAGUUUCAUAAUUAUAAGAUAAUAAGGAUAAAAUCGAAUAAAUAAAAUAAUUAAUAAAACAAAGAAAUUUUAAAGAAGCUGUAAAAAAUAUUAAAAACAAAUUAAAAAAACAAUUUUAAGUUAAUAGAAUUAGAUUAAUAUUUUUAAAAGUAAGAAAUUAAUAAUGAAAUAAUACACUUAUAUACAUACUGUGAUAAAUAAAUUAAUGGAUAAAUAUCUGAAAAAUCUAGAUAAAUGUUAGAAUUAGCAUUUUAACAAUUGAUUAUUUUGAAUAAAAAAAUUAUUUAAAUUCUAUAAAAUUUUAUCUAAUACUUGUCUAAAAUAAUACAAAUAAUCCAAAAAUAUAUUAUAAUUUAGCUAUAUGUUAUGAGAAAGCAAAUUAGUUUGAAUAAGCAUAAAUAUAUUAUGAUAAAUCUCUUAGAUUAGAUUCUUCAUUUUCUGAUUCAGUAAUAAAUUAUAGUAAUUUAUUGAUAAAAUUAGGACAUUUAGAAUAAUCUCGUUUACUUUUGGAAAGUUAUUUAAAAUUUUAUCCUUCAGACAUACAAGCUUUAAAUAACUUGAAUAUAAUUUUAUCAGAAUAAAAAAUAAAUGGAAAAAUAAUGUUAAUAUAAUUUCUAAAAAGCCUUAAAGCGAACAUAAUAAUAAGACCCUCAUAUUCUAUACAAUUACGGAAUUUAAUUAUUUAAAUAAAAUAAAUUGAUAUAAUCAUUAAAAGUAUUCUAAAAAUUUAUUUAACUUCCAAAUAUAAAGGAAAAUAAUGUCAUGAAUUUAUUAGCAUAUGUGAAUUAAGGUUUAAUUUUUGAAAAAAUAGCUUAAUAUGAAAGUGCUUUAGAAGUGUAUGAAAUGAUUUUAAAUAAAUUCAAUAAAAUAAUUAAUUAAUAAGAAUUUAUUAAAAAAAUAUAAG